AUGGCUGCUAUCGACCAGAAAAUCAAGAUCGAAUUCGUCGAGGAUGUGGAGCCGCAGGACGUCAGGACCGACGAGGUGCUCGUCAAUGCCUCCGGACAUAUCCAGCGGCUGCCCGUUCCCAGCGCCGAUCCCAAUGACCCGCUGAACUUCUCUGUUUGGGAGAAGACCGGUGUCAUCGUGAGCUGCUGCUGGUUCUCCAUCAUGUCACUCUCCGUUGUCGGCGGAUUGGGGUCGAUCUUGUCCAUCUUCUUUGAGCUAUAUAUCCCGCAGGGUCAUAGUACAACGGAGGUGGUUUGGCUGGGAACGUUUCCGUCUCUGUUUGUGGGUAUUGGAAAUUAUCUGAUUCUUCCGAUGGGGUUGGUGUAUGGCCGCCGACCCGUGGCAAUCGUGUCUAUACUGGUGCUGUUGCUUUCAACCAUUGGCUGUGCGCUGUCACAAACGUGGGAACAGCAUCUCGGGCUGCGGUGUCUGCAGGGUCUCGCAACGGGGGCUACGGAGUCGCUUCUUCCUUUGAUGCUCUCCGAAGUCACAUUCGUCCAUCAGCGCGGCCUUGUCUACGGCGUCUACUGGGCAACCCAGAAUGUGGUCACCAGCUGUCUGAACUUGGCUUCCUCCUACGAGGCGGCAGCGCUGGGAUGGCGCUGGUUUUACUGGGUUUAUGUGAUUGCCGUUGGCGUGGGCUUCUUGAUUGUCAUUUUCACUGGCUUCGAGACUCGGUACCAGCGCCGUGCACAAAUGGUCAACGGACGGGUGGUUGUAACAGAUCAGUUUGGCGUCACUCAGGUCCUCUCCGGCUCCCAGGCCCAGGACUAUAUGUUGGCGCUGGAACAGACUGACGAUUCGAUCCCGGAUGAGGCGCGCCCGAAAAAGACAUAUCUGCAGAUGUUGGUGCCGUACGACAAGCAGGCUAAGAAUCCGGUGAAGAUCAUCCUCAUGGCAUGGUUCCACAUGAUCGAAGCCUUCAGCUCACCCGGCAUCCUCUACGCUACUCUUCUUUCAUCUGUUGUGCUGGGGUGCAGCGUCGGGAUGUCCUUGACCUACGACAGUGUGUUGGAGAGCUACGGCUGGCCCGCCAAGAACGUCGGUCUGAUCAACUUGGGCGGCGUGUUUGGCGGCAUGGGCGGUAUGCUCUAUGCGGGCUUCUUUGGCGAUUGGUUCAUCCUGCGCUGCGCCAAGCGCUCUGGUGGCCUGCAUACCCCCGAGCACCGUUUAAUUCUUCUCAUCCUCCCUGGUAUCCUGAUGGUUGUGUCGCUGCUGCUGUACGGCUUCACCGCUGGUGGUGGUUCCACCUGGGGCGGACCGUAUAUGGGCUGGACACUGCUACAGGUCGCAUUCGUCUCGGUGCUGAUUCUGUCAACUUCCUUCGCCGCCGAGGCGUGGGAGAAAAACCCGGGCCCAGCACUGGUAGCAGUGGUUGGUACGAAGAAUAUCAUUGCGUUUGGGGUCAGUUAUGGCCUCAGCCCAAUGGUAUCUAAAUACAGCUACGCAGUCGCGAUGGGAAUUCUCACGGCUGUCACUGGUGCUAUCUUUCUGUUGGGUAUUCCUGUGUAUUUCUUCAACCCUGCG